AUGCAGCAUGGAACCAGGGCGAUGCUGGUAUUCCAGGUCGCGUGCAGCAUCUCUCCCUUCUCUCCCUUCGUCCUGGCGCUCGGCUGGGCACCAUAUAUUAUUGCCACGGAGGCACCUGGCGAUUAUGGCAAAUCCCUCCCCGCGCUGCAAGUUCUGCAAAACUAUACGCACCCUCCCCGCGCGUCACGCGUCUCGUCCAACCUCGUCCAGGCUCCUGCGUCGACGCAGUAUCGAGCCAUGAAGCAGUCGAUCCUCCUCGCCUUCGCCGGCGGCGCGUCCCAGGCUGCCAUCCCAACCGACUGCCCGGCAUACGACACCUAUGCCGCCCAGCGCCAUGCGCCCUACUCAACCGGUAGGUUUCAGUUUCCGUCCCAGCGUCCGGAGCCGCGCUGCCGAACCUACGCCGUCCCGGAGGUCGAGGAGACCAUUGAAAGGGCCAAGAGGCAGAUCGAGGACCCGGACUUGUACAGGCUCUUCCUGAAUUCGUGGCCCAACACGGUCGACACCACCAUCCUCUGGAGAGGCGUCUCGGACGACAACCCGGAUGAGGAGGCAAGUUGGCAACGGGAACGUGGAGAGACUCGACUCGACUGA